GCUGGCGGUGAAUAGAAAAACUAGAUACGCAAUCUUCCUCGUAUCCCCCCUCCCCUCCCCAAUUCGGACCUCGUUCCGCCUCUGCGGCUCUGCCCCUCUCUCUCACCUCCCCGCGGGCGGCCGCCCCCACCGCAGCCCGAACCGCAUCUCCCCCACCACUGGCAUCCCCCUACCGCUUACAAAUACGCGACACAUCCCACCUCGACGGUCUCUUUCUCGCAUCGCUGCGCCGCUCCAUCCGCUCGGCUCCCACCCGUCCGUCGUCGCCUCGCCGUCGAGCCACCGCCCUCCUUGUCAACCUCGCUGACGACGGGCCCGUGUGAUUCUGCUGCGGUGCAGUGUUGCUGCUCGGGCCGGGCGGGAGGAGAAAAGAUGGGGGUGUACCUCAGCACGCCCAAGACGGACAAGCUCUCAGCUGAUGGAGAGAACAGCCGCGUCCGGUUCGGCCUCUCCUCCAUGCAGGGGUGGCGGACCACCAUGGAGGACGCGCAUGCUGCCUUGCCAGACCUUGAUGAAUGCACAUCCUUUUUUGGUGUUUAUGAUGGCCAUGGUGGAAAAGCUGUAUCAAAAUUUUGUGCGAGGCAUUUGCAUAAACAAGUGCUUAUAAAUGAUGCAAAUUCAUCUGGUGAUUUGCCAACCUCUCUCCAUAAAGCUUUCUUAAGAAUGGAUGAGAUGAUGAAAGGGCAGAGGGGUUGGAGAGAACUAACUGAGCUGGGAGAUAAGGGAAACAAAAUCUCAGGUAUGAUAGACGACAUAAUAUGGCCUCCCAAGGGUGGUGAUUCAGAUAAGAUAAGGGAAGAUUGGGAUACCGAGGAGGGUCCAAAUUCGAACUUUCCUGGACCAACAUCUGGAAGCACAGCUUGUGUGGCUGUCAUAAGAAAUGACAAAUUAAUUGUUGCAAAUGCUGGGGAUUCUCGGUGUGUUAUCUCACGGAAGGGUCAGGCUUACAAUUUGUCAACAGAUCACAAACCAGAUCUUGAGGAAGAGAGGGAGAGGAUUUUGGGUGCUGGUGGAUUUGUUGUUGCCGGACGGGUCAAUGCAAGUCUGAACUUAUCUAGGGCAAUAGGUGACAUGGAACUGAAGCAAAAUGACCUCCUGCCAGUGGAGAGGCAGAUCGUGACAGCUGAACCUGAAUUGAAAACAGUCCAGCUCUCGGAGGAUGAUGAAUUCAUUGUUUUAGCUUGUGAUGGAAUUUGGGAUUGCAUGUCAAGUCAAGAAGUAGUUGAUUUUGUACAUAAACAGCUAAAGACCGAGGAUAAGAUAUCUAGUGUGUGUGAGAAGUUGCUCAACCGCUGUGUGGCACCUACAUCUGGUGGCGAAGGAUGUGAUAACAUGACGGUUAUUGUGGUUCAAUUCAAGAAACCAGCUUUAGCUGUUGCUACUUCUAGCGCUGAGCAGUCUGCUACCACUGCAGAAGGGAUGCGGCCCAAAAUUUGAGUUGCCUUUGUGAACAGCGAGGUCGAUGGCCCAGAUUACCCCCCGAAGUAGGCGUUGAGUGGCACACCGUGCUGUGGAGCUCUAACCGGUGGAUAAUAGACAAAAAAGGAUAGUGAGGUGGUGUAUAUAAGAAAAGGGAUUCUAUUCGACAAUCUCUUAUAGGGUUUGUUGCUUCCUUCUUUCUAGUGUUCAGAGUCGUCGCAACCUGUAAUACAUGGCAUGUUGGUGCUUAAAUUGGUUUUUUUGUGAAAUGCAUUGAUGAGUUGUCGGAAGGGUA